AUGGUCUUGGGGCCCUUUGACACAUUAAGGCUUCUCCUGGAAGUGCAUUCUAGGAAAUGGCCAGCUCUGCCUUCCGGUGGAGAGGCGGCCGUGGCUGGCGCACACCCACCGCCUGGCCUGGCCUGGCCUGGCCUGGCCUCGCCUCGCCUGGCCUCGCCUGGCCGCGCUAACCAGGCUCUGCGGGUUUUCCUGCAGGUGAUCUACGCCCUGAACACCCGCCAGGAUGAGGCCGAAGCCACCAUGGAGGCCCUGCGGGAGGCCCACCAGGAGGAACUCCAGGGCGCGGUGGCUGAGACCAAGGCCAGGCUCCUGCAGGAACAGGAGACCCUUCUGCAGCGCAUCCAGGCCCUGGAGAGUGCCCUGGAGCUGCAGAAGAGGCUGACGCGGGAGGCGCUGGCAGAGUCGGCCACGUGCAAGCUAGAGACCAAAGAGCGAGAGCUGAGGGCGGAGGCCGAGCACGCAGAGCGCGUCCUAACGCUCUCCAAGGAGAUGCUGGAGCUCAAGGCCGACUACGAGAAGAGGCUCCGGCAGCUGAUGAGCCACGAGGCUCCCCAGUGGGGCAGACCGUCCCAGGAGAUCCCGGACGCCACGACCGAGCCCAGCCAGGGCCCAGAAAUGCGGCAGGUCCUGCUGGAGGUGGAGCGCCUGCGCACUGAGAACCAGCAGCUGAGCCAGGAUUACGCCCGCAAGGCUGAGGAACUGCAGGCCACCUACGAGCGAGAGAACGAGGCCAUCCGGCAGGCCAUGCAGCAGUCAGUGAGCGAGGCCCUGUGGCAGUGGCAAGAGAAGGAGACCGACCUCCGCAAGAACUUCCAGGUUCAAGAGUCAGCCCUGCAGGCCCAGGUCAGGAAGCUGGAAGGAGACCUGGAGCACAGGGGCCGCAAGAUCAGUGACCUGAAGAAGUAUGCCCAGAAGCUGAAGGAGAGGAUUCAGGACCUGGACCUGCAGCUAAGGGAUGCUCGACAAGAGAACUCAGAGUUGAAGAACACUGCAAAGAAACUUGGGGAGAAGCUGGCUGUUGCCAAAGACAGACUGAUUCUGCAGGAGGGUCACGUGGCACAGAAACCAGAUGACAUAAAGCCUAUAUUUGUUUUGGAGAAUGAAGUCCUGGCAGAAGAAAAUGACUUAGAAGGCCAGAAUUUUCAUCUGCAGCAAGAUCAAGGCUUUCCUAAGGAGUGUUCCUGCAUCAAAGGAGACUCUACUACACAGAAAGUGUCAAGUGUUGAGACAGAAUAUAUGAAGCAACAAUAUGAAGAAGACCUUCAAAAGAUCAAACAUCAAACUGAAGAGGAGAAGAAACACCUCAAAGACCAGCUAGUGAGGCGUCUGGAGGACUUGGUAAAGAAGCACACUGUGGAAAUCAAGUCUGUGCGCUCAUCCGUUGAAGCAGAGAGAAAGAAGCUACAAAAGGAAGUAGAAGUACAGUUGGAGGAAGUGAAGAUGAAAUCAGAAAGGAAAAUAAAGCAGUUGGAAGAAGAGAAAGCAUCCCUCAAUGUGAAACUUCAAAAUUCUCUCCUUGAGGUUUUAAGGCUGGAGGAAUUUAUCCAACAACAUAAGGUCCCUGUUCAAAGAGCCAAGGAGAAGCCCCAGGACCCAGACUGCCAGCACCACAACAUUUCGGAGGCCCAGGACUCUUGUUCAAAACUGAAGGAAACUUCUCAGACACUUACAAGAGAAGAGUACCAAGAUAAGAUAGGAGUUGAAGAAGCAACCAGCAGUGAGGAAGAAGAAGAAAGGAUUGAAGUGCCCUUCAAGGAGGGAAGUGACCCACAGCCUCCACUGGGCUCUUUGCUAAAGAAAGCACCUGAAAUUCGACAUCUCCAGGAGGACUGGCAGAGCCAGAAGGCCAGGCUGCAAACCCAGGUCUCUCAACUGCAGCGGGCUCUGGAGCAGUGUACCAAUGACUACCGCGACGACCUGCAGGCGCUCAAGCAGCUGUCGGACCAGGAGAGGGAGAAGCUGCAGCAAGAGCUCCAGGACAGCCUGCAGCAGAGCCAGGCUGCUAAGGCACAGCUGGAGGCUGCCCACCAGCGAGCCCUGCGCAUGCUCGAGAAGGCCAAAGCCCAGGAACUCAAGGCCACAGAGGAACGUGUGAAGAAGGAAUCCAGCCACAGCCUCCAGAUUCAACACCAGGCCCACCUGCUGGAGCUAAAGGCCUUGGAGGACAAGGCCAGGCAAGAGCUGCAAGAGGAGCGGGAGAGGAUGCAAGCGCAGCAGACCCUGCUGCUGGAGUCGCUCAGGCAGGAGCUGUCAGAGCAGCGAGCUGCCUGCUCCGAGCACCAGAAGGACCUGGAGGUGCUGCGGGCUGAGCUGAGGGCUCUGGGCAGCUUGAGGAGACAGCAGGUCAUCAACCCGUGUCCAGAAAACAGUGAGGACCACACUGAGAACACAGAGGACGCAGCGGCCCUGGACCUGACCCGCGCCUCCGCCGGCCAGGCCCCGAGCGCGGCGGCGCACCAGCUUCGCGAGGAGGAGCUCGCCCGGCUGCAGGAGGCCCUGCUGCGGCUGCGCGCCGAGGCGGAGCAGCACCAGCAGGAGGCGCUGCAGCUCCGCGACCAGCGCAGGUUGCUAGAGGAGGACCAGCAAGCUCAGAGGGCCAGGGAGGUGGAGGCACUUCGCCAGGAGCACCGGAAGGAGAUGCAGGCCAUGGUGGCUGAUUUUAGUGGGGCCCAGGCCCGACUCCAGGCCCGGCUGGCUGCCCUGGAGGCUGAACAAGAAAUAAGGAGACAAGAAGAGAGAAGAUUUCACUAUGCUGCAUUCCCCAGCACGAUGUCCCAUCGGAAUCGCUCCUUCUCUUUCAACCCGCACCCAGGGUAUUUGACCCCUUCCAUGAAGAAAAAGAAGAUGGAGGAGGUACCCAGCAGAGUGGUCAGUGUGCCAAACCUUGCCUCCUAUGCAAAGAACUUUCUGAGUGGAGAUCUGAGCUCCAGGAUCAAUGCCCCUCCCAUCACUAAAUCUCCCAGCUUGGACCCCAGCCCCAGCUGUAGCCGACCUUACAAAGCUGCCCAGGCUCUAGAUGCAAAAACUGCUCUGAGGCCACAAGAGGGGGAAACCACCCAAGCCAAGGAGGCCCAGCAGAAGCAGGGCUCUGCGCACCAGGAAUGGUUCACCAAGUACUUUUCUUUCUAAGCCAACCUUUGGCAUGCAUUACAGGAUGACAGAAAAGCAUUUAAACCAUCAGAAUGAAGGAAAACUAACCAACCAAAUAACUUGCUGAUAAUCAUUUCCAUAUGACAGCUAAAAUGAAGUUUUGGUAUUAACACUUCCAGUUUCAUUGUGACACACAUUCGUGUAAGUAUUGCUAUUAGAAAUAAGAUACCCAGAUGACAAUGUUACUAACUUUCCUAACGACAUGCUGUAUUGCUAGGUGUCUGCAUUGCAGAGCUCCACUUUGUGGUAUGUCAGCCUUAGUGAUUCCCAGUCUGCUUGAAAAGUGGUUUCCAUUUUCCUUAGGAUACUAGUCAAUCUCCACUUGGAAACUUGUUGCUAUGUAAAAUAAUGUAAUUCCAAAACGCACACCUAACCUCAAUAGAAAGAGGAGUAAAACAAAGUUCAAAAGACACAGAAAAGCCAAUCCAAUCCAAAUAAACACACAUGACAACCUGCUAGGAAUGUACUCUAGCUUGCAUAGACAGCAGGCCUUGACCACCAAGGUCUAGGUGGAGAUAGACAGCGGGAUAACACCUACCUCACGAGGGGCUUUGCAAGGACUAACCAAGACGGUACAACUGGAACUUUCUACAGUGUUUCCUUGCUCUGCAAUGCAUCUCAGUUGCAGUGACCAUUGUGCCAACAUGGGCCUUUUGAAGGCUCCUGGACUGUCUGUUCCUGAGUCGGCCAUGCCUGUGGCCUCUGGUUUGGGACCAUUUGCCUCAGAAUAUGUUGCAUCCCCAGUGCAUGGACUGUGAUCAAAUUGAAGGGACUUGGAACUGAACUGCUCUUGGUGCUGAUCCUGCUCCCAGCCUGCAGGGACUCUUCUUACCCUCUCCCUGCCAGUGCAACACAAUUAGAUGAGAUUCAAUGCAACUUUCCGUGGGAAAAGUAUCUUCUCAACCCUUUGGUGCUGCUCCAGCAAGUGGCCUAUAAACACAUGUAAUUCUAUGCAGUGUUGAAGUUUCUGCUCUCUGAAUAAAACUUU